GCAGCCGCCCGCGUCGCCGCCCUCGGGAGGCUUGUCCCUCGACGCCCGCCGUAGCCGGGCUCUCUCUCGGCUGGUCGCCGUUUCCAAGAUGGCCGCGGCGCGGACGCUCCCGGGCCGAAGGGCUCCCGCAGCCGGAUAAAGGCGGAGACGGCGUCCCGCUAGCCUCCCGGCCCCCGUGCUUCCUCCAGUCUCAGCCCGGCUGCAGCCUCACUCUCGCCUCCGCCAUGCCGGGCUCGGUGCACGGAUGAGAGAGGCAGUCGCCACCGCCGAGCUGGUCCCCCCUCCCGCCGGAGCCGCCGCCGCCGCCGCCGCCGUCACCGCCAUGGAGGAGCCACCGCCGCCGCCGCCGGAGCUGCAGCUGCAGCUGGAGCUGGAGGGCUGCCAGGCGGCGAGGCAGGAGUGCAAGUUGGGAGAUGCUGCUUGCAAAAACUCUGAAUCUGAUCCAGAGGAAUUUUCAGAUGAAACAAAUACGGAAAACCUUUAUGGCACCUCUCCUCCCAGCACACCUCGACAGAUGAAACGUAUGUCAACAAAGCACCAGAGGAAUAAUGUAGGGAGACCUUCUAGCCGCUCCAGUUUAAAAGAAAAAAUGAACACACCGAAUCAGCUUCCUCACAAAGACAUUGGCAAAACAGUAGAGAAUGUAGAAGAACACAGCUAUAAGCAAGAGAAAAAGAUCCGAGCCACUCUUAGAACAACAGAACGGGAUCAUAAAAAAAAUGUACAGUGCUCCUUCAUGUUAGACUCAGUAGGUGGAUCUUUGCCAAAAAAAUCAAUUCCGGAUGUUGAUCUCAACAAGCCUUACCUCAGCCUUGGCUGUAGCAAUGCUAAGCUUCCGGUUUCCAUGCCUAUACCUAUAGCCAGAACUGCACGCCAGACUUCUAGGACUGAUUGUCCUUUGGAACGCUUAAAAUUCUUUGAAACUUUACGACUUCUACUAAAGCUUACCUCAGUCUCAAAGAAAAAAGACAGGGAGCAGAGAGGACAGGAAAACACGUCUGCUUUCUGGUUUAACCGAUCCAAUGAACUCAUUUGGCUUGAGUUACAAGCCUGGCAUGCAGGACGGACCAUCAAUGACCAGGACCUUUUUUUAUAUACUGCCCGCCAAGCCAUCCCAGAUAUUAUCAAUGAAAUCCUCACAUUCAAAGUAAAUUAUGAGAGUUUCGCUUGUGUGAGAAAUGGAGCUAGGUUUAAUGGUACUUCAGUGGAAGGGCAGUGUAGAGCGCCCCACGGAGCCGCUGCCAUGGGUUAUUCAAACUAUCACGAGCAUCUCCAGCGCCAGCGAGUCUCAUUUGAGCAGGUGAAGAGGGUAAUGGAGCGGCUUGAAUACAUAGAAGCACUUUAUCCCUCUUUGCAGGCUCUUCAAAAGGACUAUGAAAAAUAUGCUGCAAAGGAUUUCCAAGACAGGGUGCAGGCGCUCUGUCUGUGGCUAAACAUUACGAAAGACUUAAAUCAGAAACUAAGGAUUAUGGGAACUGUUUUGGGCGUCAAGAAUUUAUCAGACAUUGGCUGGCCAGUGUUUGAAAUACCAUCUCCCCGACCGUCCAAAGGCAAUGAACCAGAGGAGGAGGGAAGUGACACAGAAGAAGUGAAGGAAUUGGAAACCACCACUGAUGAAAGUGAAGAAGAACAUGUCCUGGAUCAGAGCGUAAAGGACUUCAAACAGGCUAUGGAGAGCAGUUUCGACCUCCAGCCACAGGACCAUUUUUCAAAGAAAUUUGACAGAUUUGAAUCUGAAGAUGAAUCAAGUGGCUGGGGAGUGUCUGAGUACAGUGCUGAAGCAGGCUAUAGUAGAUACUGUCUGACUUCUAUAUACAGACCAUUUGUAGACAAAGCGCUCAAACAAAUGGGUUUGAGGAAAUUAAUUUUAAGACUUCACAAGCUAAUGGAUGGUUCUUUACAAAGGGCUCGUAUUGCACUGGUUAAGAGUGAUCUUCCAUUGGAGUUUUCUGAGUUCCCAGAUCCCAUGUUGUGUUCAGAUUAUAUACAGUUGUCAAAUGCAACACCUUCAACAGAACAAAAGUGCAGCACUGUGUCAUGGGAAGAGCUGAAAUCUAUGGAUUUGCCAUCAUUUGAACCUGCAUUUUUGGUCCUUUGUCGAGUGCUUCUUAAUGUUAUCCAUGAAUGUCUCAAAUUAAGAUUGGAACAGAGACCUGCUGGGGAACCAUCUCUCUUGAGUAUUAAGCAGCUGGUAAGAGAGUGUAAAGAGGUCCUGAAGGGUGGCCUGUUAAUGAAGCAGUAUUACCAAUUCAUGCUUCAUGAAGUAUUGGAUGAUUUGGAAAAGAUUGACUGCAAUAUAGACUCUUUUGAAGAGGACCUGCAUAAGAUGUUGAUGGUAUAUUUUGAUUACAUGAGAAGUUGGAUCAAAAUGUUGCAGCAGUUACCUCAAGCAUCUCAUAGUUUAAAAAAUCUAUUAGAAGAAGAAUGGAAUUUCACCAAAGAAAUAACUCAUUACAUAAGAGGAGGAGAAGCACAGGCUGGAAAAUUGUUUUGUGACAUUGCAGGAAUGCUGUUGAAAUCUACUGGAGGAUUUUUAGAUUGCGGCCUGCAGGAAAGCUGUGCUGAGUUCUGGACUAGUGCUGAUGAUAGCACUGCUUCAGAUGAAAUUAGGAGAUCUGUUAUAGAGACCAGCAGAGCCCUGAAGGAGCUCUUUCAUGAAGCUAGAGAAAGGGCUUCCAAAGCACUUGGCUUUGCUAAAAUGUUAAGAAAGGAUCUGGAAAUAGCAGCAGAAUUCAUAGUAUCAGCACCAGUGCAAGACCUUCUGGACAUGCUGAAAUCAAAACACUAUGUUAAGGUACAAAUUCCUGGAUUGGAAAAUUUGCAAGUAUUUGUUCCAUAUACUCUUGCUGGGGAGAAAUGUGUUAUUUUGCAACUACUAAAUGCAGCUGCAGGAAAGGACUGUUCGAAAGAUUCAGAUGAUGUGUUAAUUGACGCUUACUUACUCAUGACCAAGCAUGGUGAUCGAGAUCAUGACUUAGAUGAGCACUGGAGCACGUGGGAAGAGCCACCUGUCAAAAUAGUGCCUCAGGUGGAAACAGUUGACACACUUAGAAGUAUGCAGGUUGAAAAUCUACUCUUAGUAGUCAUGCAGUCUGCCCAUCUUGUGAGCCAGAGAAAAGCUUUCCAGCAGUCCAUUGAAGGGCUUGUGACUUUGCACCAAGAACAAACCUCUAGUCAGCCUGUCAUCGCCAAAGCUUUGCAGCAGCUAAAGGAUGAUGCAUUGCAGCUCUGCAACAAAAUAAGUGAUGCCAUUGACCAAGUGGACCACAUAUUCACAUCAGAAUUUGAUCCUGAAGUGGAUGAGUCAGAAUCGGCCACUUUGCAGCAGUACUAUCGCGAAGCCAUGAUUCAGGGCUACAAUUUUGGUUUUGAGUAUCAUAAAGAAGUUGUUCGUCUGAUGUCCGGAACAUUUAGACAGAAGAUUGGAGAUAAAUAUAUUAGCUUUGCCAGAAAGUGGAUGAAUUAUGUGCUAACUAAAUGUGAAAGUGGUCGAGGCACCAGGCCCAGGUGGGCAACUCAAGGUUUUGAUUUUCUGCAAGCCAUUGAACCAGGCUUUAUUUCAGCACUUCCUGAAGAUGACUUCUUGAGUUUACAAGCUUUGAUGAAUGAAUGCAUUGGUCAUGUGAUAGGAAAACCUCACAGUCCUGUUACAGGUUUGUACCUUGCAGCUAUCCAUCGAAACAGUCCCCGUCCUGUGAAGGUACCCAGAUGUCAUAGUGACCCUCCUAACCCGCAUCUCAUCAUCCCAACUCCUGACGGAUUCAGCACUCGGAGUGUGCCUUCUGACGUGCGGAACCCCUGCAGUGCUGCUGCCAGUCGCCCCGCCCCAGCCGGCAGCGACUCCGCUCCACCCAAACCUGUCAGCAGUACAAAUGAUAACAGGGGGUCCAGUGUUCCAGAAAAUGAUCGUUUGGCCUCCAUAGCUGCUGAAUUGCAAUUCAGAUCAUUGAGUCGACAUUCAAGCCCCACUGAGGAGCGAGAAGAACCUUCAUAUCCAAAAGGAGAUUCAAGUGGGCCAAUGCGGAGAAGUUGGGAGCUUCGGACUCUGAUAAACCAAAAUAAAGAUACUGCUUCUAAACAAGGACCCAUAGAAGCUGUUCAGAAGUCAGUUCGAUUGUUUGAAGAAAAGCGUUAUCGAGAAAUGAGGAGGAAGAAUAUCAUUGGUCAAGUUUGUGAUACCCCCAAAUCCUAUGAUAAUGUCAUGCACGUGGGAUUACGGAAGGUGACCUUCAAAUGGCAAAGAGGAAACAAAAUUGGAGAAGGCCAGUAUGGAAAAGUCUAUACUUGUAUCAGCGUUGAUACUGGUGAAUUGAUGGCAAUGAAGGAAAUUCGAUUUCAGCCAAAUGACCACAAAACUAUCAAAGAGACUGCAGAUGAACUGAAAAUAUUUGAAGGCAUUAAGCAUCCCAAUCUGGUUCGGUAUUUUGGUGUGGAACUUCAUAGAGAAGAAAUGUACAUUUUCAUGGAAUACUGUGAUGAGGGCACCCUGGAAGAAGUGUCAAGGCUGGGCCUUCAAGAACAUGUUAUUCGGCUGUACUCAAAGCAGAUCACCAUUGCUAUUAAUGUACUGCAUGAGCAUGGCAUAGUUCAUCGUGACAUCAAAGGAGCCAAUAUCUUCCUUACCUCAUCUGGACUAAUUAAACUGGGGGAUUUUGGAUGCUCAGUCAAGUUAAAGAACAAUGCACAAACCAUGCCUGGAGAAGUGAACAGUACCCUAGGAACUGCAGCAUACAUGGCGCCUGAAGUCAUUACUCGAGCAAAAGGAGAAGGACAUGGGCGUGCAGCAGACAUCUGGAGUUUGGGUUGUGUUGUGAUAGAAAUGGUUACUGGUAAGAGGCCUUGGCAUGAGUACGAGCACAACUUUCAGAUCAUGUAUAAGGUUGGAAUGGGACAUAAGCCGCCCAUCCCUGAAAGGAUAAGCCCUGAAGGAAAAGAUUUCCUUUCACAUUGCCUUGAAAGUGACCCAAAGAUGAGAUGGACAGCUAGCCAGCUCCUCGACCAUUCGUUUGUCAAGGUUUGCACAGAUGAAGAAUGAAGCUAUUCAGUAUGUGACCUGGUAGCGUGUGUACUCAGACAGAUUCUCUUAAUCACUACUGUAUGUAAUAUUUACAUGAAGACUGUGUUGAGAAACAUUACGAACGUUUUUAACCUACCACAACUGAAGACUGCACAGGUGACGAGCGUCACUUCUCCUGCUGCUCCCGUCUGUUUUACGUGGCACAUGAUGCUCGUGUGCGACCGUGUCUGCAGAGUGUGAAAGUCAGAGUGCCGUUACUACUGUACAUGGACCAUUUCCUUCUUUGUCUGCUCCGUCCUUCACAUGAUGGAGGACUGUCAUAUUAAUACGUAGUAUUUUUGACCUUUCUAAGCUCGAGAAAAA